AUGCGUAAUAAAGAGCAGAAGUUGGCAAUUACUACAGUAGAACUUUCUGAAAUUUCUGAAGCUGAUCAUGAGCCAGCAGUGUGCCCAGGUGGCCAAGAAGGCCAAGGGCAUCCUGGUCUGGAUCUGGAACAGUGUGGCCAGCAAGUCCAAGGAAGUGAUUCUGCCCCUGUACUCAGCACUGGUGAGGCCACACCUGGAGUACUGUGUCCAGUUCUGGGCCCUCAGUUCAGGAAGGAUAUUGAGGUGCUGGAGCAGGUCCAGAGAAGAGCAACAAGGCUGGGGAAGGGACCUGAGCACAAGUCCUAUGAGGAGAGGCUGAGGGAGCUGGGGUUGUUCAGCCUGGAGAAGAGGAGGCUCAGGGGAGACCUCAUCACUCUCUACAACUCCCUGAAGGGAGGUUGUAGCCAGGUGGGGGUUGGUCUCUUCUCCCAGGCAACUAUCAGUAAAACAAGAGGGCACGAUCUUAAGCUGUGCCAGGGGAGGUUUAGGUUGGAUAUUAGAAAGAAAUUUUUUACAGAAAGGGUAAUCAGGCAUUGGAAUGGGCUGCCCAGGGAAGUGGUGGAUUCUCCAUCCCUGGAGGUUUUUAAGAUGAGACUGGAUGUGGCAAUUAGUGCCAUGGUCUAG